UGUGUGUGUGUGUGUGUGUGUGUGUAUAUGUAUGUAUGUAUGUAUGUAUGUAUGUAUGUGUGUGUGUGUGUGUGUGUGUGUGUGUGUGUGUGUUUACAGUGAAGGUAAUAGGCUCCUUUAAAUCAUUUAUAACCAUGCAUAUAAACCAUCUUUAUUAAACCCAAGUGCACGAUAACACACAACGCCCUGCCUGUGGUGCCGCAUCCUCUCACACGUGGACACACUGAUCCUUGGCCCUGCGCCCAGUGUAUAGGCUACACCUCAAAUCACAUUUCCACGCGUUGUUUACUAUGUAGUACGGUAAUAUGCGGUUUGGGACGCAGCCCGUUGGUCUCUGCGUAGUCUGCUCGGCACACCGCGCAUCCCCGCGCAUCCCCUCCCUCCGCUGCGCUCCUGAUCCUCUUAUCCACUGAAGAAGCGGAUAAAGAUGGAUGUAGUCAACCAGCUGGUCGCUACUGGGCAGUUCACUGUCAUCAAACAGCCUUUAGGAUUCAUAAAGAUCCUACAAUGGUUUUUCGCCAUCUUUGCUUUCUCCACCUGUGGCUCUUACUCCGGAGUCUUCCGCAUGAGUGUGGAGUGUGAGAACCGCACGGAGAGUGACCUGGACAUCGAUGUCGAGUUCGACUACCCGUUCAGACUCCAUCAAGUGUGGUUCGACGCUCCCACCUGUAAAGGUACCGAGCCGGAGCGGCUGUUCCUCGAAGGUGACUACUCUUCCUCAGCCGAGUUCUUCGUCACUAUCGGUGUUUUCUCCUUCCUCUACUCUAUGGCAGCUCUGUCCGUCUACAUCUUCCUCCUUGAGAAAUACCGCGAGGGAAACCGUGGCGCACGGGCCGAUUUUGUGGUGACGGCUAUUUUCACCUUCUUUUGGUUGGUGAGCUCAGCAGCAUGGGCUAAAGGCCUCACGGAUGUUAAGGAAGCCACCGACCCUGAUGAGGUCAUCAAGCUCAUACCGGCCUGUCGGCGUGAGGAGACCAAAUGCAAAGAAGUGCACGAGCCCAUUGUGUCUGGCCUAAACACGUCUGUGGCGUUUGGGUUCUGCAACCUGGUGCUUUGGGCAGGGAACCUCUGGUUUGUGAUUAAGGAGACUGGCUGGCUCAGUGCUUUCACUGGCACCUACGUGCCCUCUGGAGGAAAACAGCCAGCACCAGACUCCUAUGACCAGGCGGGUUAUGGUCAGGACCCUUACGCUGGCUCUCAGGGUGGGUAUCAACCCGACUACGGGCAACAAGCAGGCGGAUACGAGGGAGGAAGCUACAACCAGGGAGGAUAUGAGCAAGGUGGCCCGACCUCCUUCUCUAACGAAAUAUGAGUAAAUUCACACAGCACAGCAGCUCUGCGCAGAGCACAGGAGAGGGCAGUUACAUAACCAAGGAGAAAGGAGCCUGCCUAUUACCCAUGAUCCCACACUCCUCUGUUACCCCAUAUGAACAACGUGUGUACGGUCUGAGGGAGGGAGGGAGGGAGAAGGGGAGGGGAGGGUACAUGUGGGAAUUUGGGACAGGGAUGUUCAUAUCCAGUGUGAAAUGUGCUUGUCUAGGUGAAACGAAGGCUGCAAAAAAAAACCCCACACUUUUUUCCUUUUUUUUUCUUCUUGUUUUGGAUUCUCUGCAGGAAAUACUA